GCACCUUUGUUCCUGCAAUCUCAGUAUAAUCUCUCUCUGCGCAAGCUCUCUCCUCUCUCAGACACGCACAUACGCGCUCACUCUCUGGUUUAAGUCUCUAUCAAACCCUAAUUCUUCCUCUGCGGCCAUGGGGAAAGCAGUCGUCUCGGACGACGAAGACGAGCUCGAGGUGGGAGACGAUAGGGAACCCCUCGAGGACGAGGACGAAGCCAGGGGACGCGGCGUCGACGACGAGGACGAGGACGAAGAAGAUGAAGAGGGACAGGAUGAGUACGAGAAAGAUGGAUUUAUUGUAGAUGAUGUUGAUGAAGAAGAAGAAGAGCAGGACGAAGAGGAGGAUAGGCCGGACAGUGAUGAGGAGAGGCAGAAGAAGAAGAAGAGAAAGAAGAAUGUUAAGGAGUUUCAACUUGAUGAGGACGAUUACGAUCUCCUUGAAGACAACAAUAUCACUGGUUUUCACCGCCCAUCGAAGGAGAGCAAAAAGUUUAAACGGCUGAAGAAAGCACGGAGGAAUGCUGAUGAGGAGAGCUCUGCGUUUUCUGAUGAGGAGGAGGUUGUUGGAAGUGGUAAAGGCGGACGAACUGCGGAGGAGAAACUCAAGCGCAGUCUUUUUGGGGAUGACGAGGGACCACCGCUCGAGGAUAUUGCUGAAGACGAAGAACCAAUGGAGGAGGAAGAUGUAGAGAUAGGUGAUGAUGAUGACAUGGCCGAUUUUAUUGUGGAUGAGGAAGAAGUUGAUGAGAAUGGUGCUCCUGUCAGGAGGAGGAAGUUUAAGAGAAAGAAGUCUAGACAGGCUCCUGGAGUGUCAUCAUCUGCGCUCCAAGAAGCCCAUGAGAUUUUUGGCGAUGUUGAUGACCUCUUGCAGUUGCGGAAACAAAGCCUAGAAUCUACUGAAUUGAGGGAAAGGAGACUUGAAGAUGAAUUUGAACCUGUUAUUCUUUCAGAGAAGUACAUGACAGAAAAAGAUGACGUCAUUCGAGAGAGAGAUGUUCCGGAGAGGAAGCAGAUAUCCGACGGAGGUGUUAAUCUGCGGACAGAUGAAAUUGCUUCUCAAGAUGAGACUAACUGGAUAUACAAUCAGCUCACAAGUGUAUUAGCAUUUCUUUUCCGCAAGAAAGAUGGAGGGCAUGAUGUAUCUAUAAAGAAGGAUGAAAUACCAAGAUUUUUGAAUCAUUUGCACGGUCAGAAGUUGGAUAUACCUUUCAUUGCGAUGUAUCGUAAAGAGGAGUGCUUGAGCCUCUUGGGGGAUCCUGAAGGAAAUGAAAGUCUUGAGAAUGAUGAAAGUUUUGAGCGAGCACCUGCAUUGAAGUGGCACAAGGUACUUUGGGCUAUUCAUGAUCUCGAUAGGAAAUGGCUCUUGCUUCAGAAACGAAAGGCUGCUCUGCAGUUAUAUUAUUAUAAGCGAUUUGAGGAAGAGUCUAGACGAGUGUAUGAUGAAACAAGGCUCAGUCUGAAUCAACGGCUUUUUGACUCGAUUUGCAAGUCACUCAAUGCUGCAGAAACAGAAAGAGAGGUUGAUGAUGUUGACUCGAAAUUCAAUUUGCAUUUUCCUGCCGGCGAAGUUGGAGUGGAUGAAGGCCUAUAUAAGAGGCCCAAGAGGAAGUCGCAAUAUAGUGUUUGUAGUAAGGCGGGCCUAUGGGAGGUUGCGAGCAAGUUUGGAUACAGCUCAGAACAAUUUGGGUUAUUGAUAUCAUUAGAAAAUCUGGAGAAUACGGAUGAAUUGGAAGAUGCGAAGGAAACUCCGGAGGAGAUGGCCUCUAACUUCACAUGUGCUAUGUUUGAGACUCCACAAGCUGUUCUUAAAGGGGCACGGCACAUGGCAGCAGUUGAGAUUAGUUGUGAGCCCCGGGUUCGAAAAUAUGUCCGAAGUGUGUUCAUGGAUAAUGCUGUGGUGUCAACAAGUCCUACACCUGAUGGAAACUUGACUAUCGAUUCUUUUCAUCAGUUUGCUGGUGUUAAGUGGCUGCGUGAAAAGCCACUGAGUGCAUUUGAGGAUGCGCAGUGGCUUUUAAUCCAGAAAGCAGAAGAGGAGAAGUUGCUUCAAGUUUCAAUCAAGUUACCUGAGGCAGCACUGAAAAAGUUGGUACGUGACUGCACAGUUUAUUAUCUGAGUGACGGGGUAAGUAAAUCUGCUCAGCUGUGGAAUGAGCAGAGGAACUUAAUCUUGGUGGAUGCACUUCAUGGUUUUCUUCUUCCCUCAAUGGAGAAAGAAGCGAGAGCAUUGUUGACCAGUAGAUCCAAGAACUGGUUGGUAACUGAAUAUGGUGAGGCUCUGUGGAGAAAAGUUUCCAUUGGACCUUAUCAAAGGAAGGAAAGUGAGUUUAGCUCGGAUGAUGAAGCAGCACCAAGAGUUAUGGCUUGCUGCUGGGGUCCUGGAAAACCUGCGACAACCUUUGUAAUGCUGGAUUCAUCUGGGGAGGUCCUAGAUGUGCUUUAUACAGGAUCCCUUACCUUGCGGUCUCAAAAUAUAAAUGACCAGCAACGCAAGAAGAAUGACCAACAAAGGGUUUUGAAGUUCAUGACAGAUCACCAACCACAUGUUGUAGUUCUGGGAGCUGUCAAUCUGUCUUGCACACGGUUGAAGGAUGACAUAUAUGAGAUUAUUUUCAAAAUGGUGGAGGAAAAUCCUAGGGAUGUGGGCCAUGAGAUGGAUGGCUUAAGCAUUGUAUAUGGGGAUGAAUCUCUACCUCGUCUAUAUGAAAAUUCUCGGAUUUCAUCUGAUCAACUGCCUUCUCAACAAGGCAUUGUGAGGCGAGCUGUGGCUCUUGGGCGCUAUCUACAAAAUCCCUUGGCAAUGGUUGCAACUCUUUGUGGUCCUGGAAAGGAGAUAUUAUCUUGGAAACUCAAUCCUCUGGAGGAUUUUCUCACUUCCGAUGAGAAGUACAGCAUGGUUGAACAGGUCAUGGUAGAUGUUACAAAUCAAGUAGGGCUAGAUGUUAAUUUAGCUAUUAGCCACGAGUGGUUGUUUGCACCUUUACAAUUCAUAUCCGGGCUUGGACCUAGAAAGGCAGCAUCUUUGCAGAGGUCAUUGGUGAGGGCUGGAGCAAUUUACACUCGAAAAGACUUUGUAACUGUCCAUGGACUUGGUAAGAAGGUGUUUGUGAAUGCUGUUGGUUUCUUGCGUGUCAGACGAAGUGGCUUGGCCGCUAGCAGCAGCCAGUUCAUUGACUUGUUGGAUGAUACACGAAUCCAUCCAGAAUCUUAUAACCUAGCCCAGGAGUUGGCAAAAGAUGUUUUUGAUAAAUAUGGCGACGGUGAUGGGAACUUUGAUGAUGAGGCAUUGGAAAUGGCUAUAGAAUAUGUCAGGGACCAUCCGAAGUUUUUAAAAUCGCUUGAUCUUCCUAGAUAUGCUAAAGACAAGCAGCGUCAGAAUAAAAUACAGACGCUCCAUAUGAUUGUGAGGGAAUUGAUCCAGGGUUUUCAGGAUUGGCGAAAACAAUAUGAAGAACUUAGUCAGGAUGAGGAGUUUUAUAUGCUUUCAGGUGAGACCGAGGAAACUUUGGCUGAAGGAAGAAUUGUGCAAGCCACAGUACGCAGGGUGCAGCCUCUAAAAGCAAUUUGUGCUCUUGAAUCUGGUUUAACUGGCGUCCUUAUGAGGGAGGACUACUCGGAUGAUUGGAGAGACAUAUCUGAGCUGUCUGAUAGGUUGCAUGAAGGUGACAUCCUUACAUGCAAAAUAAAGUCGAUUCAGAAGAAUAGGCAUCAGGUUUUCCUAGUUUGUCGCGAGAGCGAGAUGAGAAAUAACAGAUCUCAGAAUGUCCAGAAUGUUGAUCCUUACUACCAUGAAGAUAGGAGCAGCUUGCAGAGUGAGCAAGAGAAAGCUCGGAAAGAGAAGGAGCUUGCUAAGAGGCAUUUCAAACCAAGAAUGAUUGUUCACCCUCGCUUCCAGAAUAUUACAGCUGAUGAAGCAAUAGAGUUCUUGUCGGACAAAGAUCCUGGUGAAAGUGUCAUUCGUCCCAGUUCUCGAGGGCCCUCUUAUUUGACCUUGACUCUUAAAGUUUAUGAUGGCGUUUAUGCACAUAAGGAUAUAGUUGAAGGUGGCAAGGAGCACAAAGACAUCACAAGUCUGCUUCGCAUUGGUAAGACAUUGAAAAUUGGGGAGGACAUCUUCGAGGAUUUGGAUGAGGUUAUGGAUCGGUAUGUGGAUCCCUUGGUGGGGCAUUUAAAGGCAAUGCUGAACUAUCGAAAGUUUAGGAAGGGCACUAAAGCAGAAGUCGAUGAGCUUCUGAGGAUUGAGAAAGCAGAGUGUCCUAUGAGGAUAGUUUAUUGCUUUGGCAUUUCCCAUGAACAUCCAGGCACCUUCAUCCUUUCUUAUAUAAGGAGCACAAAUCCCCACCAUGAGUACAUAGGUCUUUACCCUAAAGGAUUUAAGUUCCGGAAAAGGAUGUUUGAGGACAUUGAUCGGCUUGUGGCAUAUUUUCAGAAGCAUAUCAACGACCCUCAACAUGACUCGACGCCAUCAAUUAGGUCAGUCGCUGCCAUGGUGCCUAUGCGAAGCCCUGCAACUGGAGGUUCUUCAGGAACAUCUGUUGGCAGUGGUUGGGGUGGUUCCUCCAAUGAAGGCGGCUGGAGGGGCCAGUCUUUCGACAGAGAUAGAUCUUCAACGCCAGGGUCAAGAACAGGUACUGUCCGUCUAGAUACCUGAUAUAUAGGUCGUCGUGAUGGGCAUCCUAGUGGGGUUCCUAGACCAUAUGGUGGGCGUGGACGUGGUCGGGGCUCAUACAAUAAUAAUAGGGGGAGUAACACCCCCAGUAAUGACCGACAGGAUUCAGGUUACGACGCCCCUCAAUGGGAUUCAGGUAGCAAGGAUGGAGGUGACGGGUGGGGCAGCUUUCCAGGUGCUAAAAUUCAGAAUUCGCCGGGCAGGGAAGCAUUUCCUGGUGGAUGGGGUGCCGGAGGCAGUGGAAGCGGCGGAGGCGACCGUGGUGGUUGGGGAAGCGGCGGCAGUGCAAGCAGCGGAGGCGACCAUGGUGGUUGGGGAAGCAGCGGCAAUGCAAGCGGCGGAGGUGAUCGUGGUGGUUGGGGAAGUGGGACGGGAAGUUGGGGCGGCGCCGGUGCUACCGACGGUGGGACUGAGAACGGUGGCGGUUGGGGGGGUAGUAGCUCCAAGAAAGCUGCUGACGAUGGAUGGUCUGGCGGGGGUUGGUGAUUGUCAUGGACGAAAGCUUGGUAGUGUUUUUCCUUCUGUCCGAGGCUUUCCACGGUCUCUUUCCCCAAAUGAGCCGUGAAUUAAAAAAUGCUGACGUAGGUCGUGCUAUAAUAUAAUUUAGUUAUUUGUCUU